AUGUAUCUCAUUUCUACUAAGUUCGGUAUGAUACCUAAUAUAUGUACUGGAAUAGAUAAUAUAAUAUCUUUAAAUAGAGAUAGAAUAUUGUACAUUGAUGAUUUUGUAUUUGAAGAUUCUAUAUUUUAUAAAAAAGAAAUUAGUUUAAGAGAUUUUUGUAAUAUUCCUAAUCAUAUUAAAAUUUAUUUAAUGUUUAAAACCAAUAAAAAUUUUAAAAAUGGUAAGUUAAGAAUAAUUAACAGUAAAAGAGGAGAUAAAAAAAUUGGUAAGGAAGAAUAUGAAAAGAUAUUAAAAAUAUUAGAUCCCGAUUUCUACCAGGAUUUUGAUGUUCAAAAUACUGUUAUUAGUAAAAAUGGAGAAAAGAUAAUUGUUAAAGACAUAAAAAAUAUAAAAGAUCUUGAUACAAGAGAUACAAGCCUGAUUAGUACAAAUUUUAUAAAUGAGAUGACUGAUAAUGGAUUAAUGUUAAAAAUACAAAAUGACCAGCUUGAUGUUGCAGAAGAAGUUUAUGACUGUGAAUGCUGUGGGAAUUUGUCUAAAGGAUAUCUUUUACAUUUAAAGAAAAUGAAAGAAAUUAAUUUUUUUUAUUACUUAACGAUACACAAUUAUAACACUCUCUAUAAAUUUUUAGAAGGUAAAUAA